AGUAAAAUUGGUGAGGCGAAUUUCGAAUGGUUUGCAGUUUGAAAAAAUUCUUCGUUGAGGAUAGAUCGCUAUUUUUUAGGAGUAAAGCAAAUUCGAACGAGUUCAACGAAUAUUUCUUGUGCUUGACAGACACAAAACAAAUCGAUCAAAAUGUUCAAAAACCAUUUGGAAAUGAUUGGGCGCAAUGAGAGCCCCAGCAAGAAGGCCAAAUUCUGGCAAUCCUACAUCAGAUCCCUGAAGGGCUCCGAGGAUAUUCGCGCCCAUGAGGCGCCAAGAGCUUCUCGCCCAUACAGCUCGUACCUGGAUUCGCCCACAUACAGGAGCAUCUACGAUGAGCCCGCAACGGCCAACGAGCGCGUUCAGUCAUCUGGCUACAGAUACUUGCCAGUGAGCCGCGACACCUACGGCUACUCGCCACGUGCCAUCUACGAUCAUCAUUACAGCAGAACAAUUCCAGCUAAUUACGAUGCAGAGAAGGCAUGGAAUGAUCAUUUGAAGCGCAUGCAAGAAAUUGAGCGCAGAUACCCAUCUCGCUAUGGUCUCUACUUGAGAGACAAGCCACUCACACCAAACUCUUUGGUGCCUUUGGAAUACGAGCCAGAGGAUAAGCUGUUGGCUGAACUUAACAAGGCACGUCGCUCGGCCUCGCCGUUCCGUCCCAGCCGCACGAGCCGGGCUGGCAGCGAGCCCUAUGUGCCACCGCCAGUGUACUGGAACCGUGAGGGCAGCGUGCCACGUGGCGGACCAUCGGUGUUCGAUCGCGCUACCAGCUUGGCUCCGUUCACGCGGCCAAGCUUCCGUGCCAGCUCGCUGGAGCCUUUGGAUGAACUCUUUGAAAGUAAGUUGCCAACAAUUUCUGUGGCCCCGGCCGAAGCCGAGGCCGAUGUAGCAGCUGCCACUAGGCCUUCGAUUUUUGAGCGCGCCGGCUCACCAAGUCCCACUCCUGUCAAAGCCGGUCGCUGGGGACCACGCCCCACCGAAGUCGCCUACGAUGCUGAGGGACUUCCAAUCUUCCAUCCACGCAACCGCUUCAGGGAUAUGCUGAGCCCCAGCCCCAAGCUGCCGAUCUCGUCGAUUGUGCGCGAUCCCUUCUGGUGGGAUGUGGAUGAUCUGGUGCCCUUCCGUGCCACCUCGGUGCCCCGCGCCUCGAGCCCCGUUGCCCGUGAUUCGUAUUUGUCGCCGGUGAAGAACCGCUAUCUAUGGUCGAGACACCCAGCCAGACCUCUGACACCUCACCGCUCAAUUUUGUAAACGAACGAAAACGAACAACAACAACUACACUUACAACAACAACGAAUGCAUCAAUGGGGUCCCAAAUAACCAUCAACGAUUAGUCUUUAGGUUUCCAUGUCAAGAACCGGAAAUCAGUGAAAGUAGCAAAAUAUAUCUAUAUAAAGACUAUAUAUAUAUAUAGCCUUUGAGUCCUCAACAACGAUUGAAUUUUUUCAAAACUGCCAGCCCCAGAAGAUCCGGGUGCUGCCUCCACUUUAAUAAUUGCCAUCAAGUGCUUACUUCCCGUAGUAAAAGUAA